AUGAAUAAGUCCUACUCAGGAUUUUUACCAGUUGUUCGAUCGCCGAGAGAGUCAAGCGCUUUUAUUUGUUCUUUUGUUUGUAUCUAUCUUUCUUUUCCUCUCGAUUUUUGUCUUUUUUUUCAGAUUUCAUUACUUCGUUUCUUUCUUUCUUUCUUUCUUUCUUUCUUUCAUUACUUCCUUCCUCCCUCUCUUUCUUUCUGCUAUUCCUUCCUUCCUUCCUUUCUUCCUUCCUUUCUUUCUUUCUUUCUUUCUUUCUUUCUUUCAUUCAUUCUUUCUUUCUUUCUUUCUUUCUUAGAUCGUUUGUUAAAUUUUUCUUUCUUUCUUUGUUUCUUUGUUUCUUUCUUUCUUAGUUCGUUUGUUGUUUGUUUUCUUUACUUUAUUGUACCUCAACUUUCUCUUUUUUCCUUUCUACCGGAAUUUUUUCUUUCUUUCUUUUCUUUCUUUCUUUCUUUCUUUCUUUCUUUCUUUCUGAGAUCGUUUGUUGUUUGUUUUCUUUACUUUAUUGUACCUCAACUUUCUCUUUUUUCCUUUCUACCAGAAAUUUUUCUUUCUUUCUUUCUUUCUUUUCUUUCUUUCUUUCUUAGUUCGUUUGUUGUUUGUUUUCUUUACUUUAUUGUACCUCAACUUUCUCUUUUUCCCUACCGAAAUUUUUUCUUUCUUUUCUUUUCUUUCUUUCUUUCUUUUUUGUUGUUUUUUUUUUACUUUAUUGUACUUUUCUCUUUUUCCUUUCUACGAAUUUUUUCUUUCUUUUUCUUUCUUUCUUUCUUUUCUUUCUUUCUGAGAUCAUCUUUGUUGUUUGUUUUUUUACUUUAUUGUACCUUUUUUUUUCCUUUCUACGAGAAAAAAAAUUUUCUUUCUUUCUUCUUUCUGAGAUCGUUUGUUGUUUGUUUUUUUUUUAUUGUACCUCCUUUCUUUUUUCUUUUUUUUCUUUUUUUCUUUUUUUUUCUUUUUAUUUUACUUCAACUUUCUCUUUUUCCUUAUCAUUUUUCUUUUCCAUUUUUGCUUUUUCUCAUUUUGGUAACAUCACCGUCGCUCCCAGUUUCACACAAACGGUUCACUUCUUUUUUCUUUUGCUCGAUUUUUUCUUUUUUUUCUUUCCUUUCCUUUUUCUUUAUCAUUUUUAAAUUUAUCUCAUCCGCUUUUUCUUCUACUUUCUCUCCCGAAAGAAGCUCAAUUUAUUUUUCUCUUUUUUUUCUCUUUCUCACAUGA